CGGCGGGGCGAGCGCGGGGACGCGGCUGCAGAGCAGCGAGCGGUGCCUGGAUCCGGGUCCGGAGCGCAGGGCCGCCGCAGCAGAUACAAAGACUUGAAGUUGUCUUUCCUGACCUAAGAUGGAGAACAGUACCACUACCAUUUCUCGGGAGGAGCUUGAAGAACUACAAGAAGCAUUUAAUAAAAUAGACAUUGACAACAGUGGAUAUGUGAGUGACUACGAACUUCAGGACCUAUUUAAGGAAGCAAGCCUUCCUCUUCCUGGCUAUAAGGUGCGCGAGAUUGUGGAGAAAAUUCUAGCAGUUGCUGACAACAACAAAGAUGGCAAAAUCAGUUUUGAAGAGUUUGUGUCACUAAUGCAAGAGUUAAAAAGCAAAGAUAUCAGCAAAACAUUCCGAAAAAUAAUUAACAAGAGGGAAGGAAUUACUGCUAUUGGAGGAACCUCAUCCAUUUCCAGCGAGGGCACGCAGCAUUCUUAUUCAGAGGAAGAAAAAGUGGCCUUUGUGAACUGGAUAAACAAAGCCUUAGAGAAUGACCCUGACUGUAAGCAUCUUUUACCCAUGAAUCCCAACGAUGGCAGUCUCUUCAGAUCACUCGCGGAUGGCAUCCUUCUUUGCAAAAUGAUCAACUUGUCUGAACCAGAUACAAUUGAUGAAAGAGCCAUUAAUAAGAAAAAACUCACUCCUUUCACAGUUUCUGAAAAUUUAAACCUAGCCCUGAAUUCUGCCUCAGCCAUUGGGUGUACGGUGGUCAACAUCGGAGCACAGGACCUCAAAGAAGGAAAGCCUCACUUGGUCUUGGGUCUUCUCUGGCAGAUCAUCAAAGUUGGUCUUUUUGCUGAUAUUGAAAUUUCUAGGAACGAAGCUCUGAUUGCACUGCUCAAUGAAGGUGAAGAACUUGAGGAGCUGAUGAAGCUUUCUCCCGAGGAAUUAUUGCUACGAUGGGUGAACUACCACCUGACCAACGCAGGAUGGCGUACCAUCAGCAACUUCAGCCAGGACAUUAAGGAUUCAAGAGCCUAUUUUCAUCUGCUUAAUCAGAUUGCCCCUAAAGGUGACCGAGAAGAUGAACCUGCCAUUGCCAUUGACCUUUCAGGAUUUAAUGAGAAAAAUGACCUGAAGCGUGCUGGAUUCAUGCUUCAAGAAGCAGAGAAACUAGGCUGCAGACAGUUUGUGACUCCUGCAGAUGUGGUUUCAGGCAAUCCUAAACUUAACAUGGCCUUUGUAGCUAAUCUCUUUAACACAUACCCGUGCCUACACAAGCCUAAUAAUAAUGACAUCGAUAUUAAUUUAUUGGAAGGAGAGAGCAAAGAAGAGAGGACAUUUCGGAACUGGAUGAAUUCCUUGGGAGUCAAUCCAUAUAUUAAUCAUUUGUAUGGUGACCUUGAAGAUGCUUUAGUGAUCUUUCAGCUCUACGAAAUGAUUCGCGUGCCAGUCAACUGGAGCCAGGUCAACAAACCUCCUUACCCCGCUCUUGGAGGGAAUAUGAAGAAGAUUGAGAACUGUAACUAUGCUGUAGAGCUUGGGAAGAAUAAAGCCAAAUUCUCCUUGGUUGGCAUUGCUGGGCAGGACCUAAAUGAAGGGAAUUCAACACUUACUCUGGCACUGGUAUGGCAACUGAUGAGAAGGUAUACACUGAACGUGUUAUCAGAUCUUGGAGAGGGUGAAAAAGUAAACGAUGAAAUUAUUAUUAAAUGGGUCAAUCAGACUCUUAAGAAUGCAAACAAAAGUACUUCUAUUUCCAGCUUCAAGCAGUCUCAGAAUUGUAUUGACAUCAUUUCCAAGGCAUAACAGAGCCAGCCAAACCGAUUCAAGUGGGAAUUAAGAAACCUGGUAGGAACAAAAUAUCUUGUCAUCUGGCUUCAUAAUGCACCUAACACUCACUUCCGAGCAUUUGUGGAUGAUUCAUACAGCACUCCAAAUGUAAUCUGUGUAUACAUAACCACUAACUGUCAUGCAUUUUCAUUGUGUUUUGCUUUUGCAUGCAAGGUGGCAUUAGUUACAAACCAGCAUGUCUGCUUGCACACAUUCAUUCAGUGAGCCUGUGUUUGUGAUUUUAUUGUAUGUAAAAAAACCUAGCAGUUGUAUUUUGUUAGUGCAAUAAAGUGGAGAUGAACACGAAGCUAUGCCAAGAAAUAUCCACCCAUCUUUAUCCCUUUCUUUACAUUUGCUGAAUGUGCUUAGUAACAUUGUAGAGUUGAAGAAAGGUCAGAAAUUGAUAAAUCUUCUGACUGCCAGUUACUCUUUAAAACUAUUAUAUGAAAAUUAUAUGCAUUUACAUAUUAAUUUAUUAAAAAUAAAAGUAUAAUGAAAUACAGCAAAAACCAUUUAGGAACCAAUUAAUAUUUACUGAGCUGUUAGUAUUAUGUAACUUUUCUAGGUAAAUAAAAAGAAGGUAUAAUAAACUUGGCCCUCACUGUCCAUUUGUUUGAAAGACAAAACUUGUAUAGCUGAGAAAGUAACAAUAUCACCUGGAAGUUAAGAUCCAAGUAAUACAACUGUUAUUAUCAAGGUGAAGCCUAAUUGUUCAUUUCCUACUCACUGGUCAGCAGAGUGGUUGGAAAAAGCUGAUUUGAACAUCAAAUGAAGGAGGGUUUUCCAAUGGUCAGGAAAACAGCAUAAUAAACUAGAAAAGGUCCGUGCUGAAUAAAGGCAAGUCUUAGAAGGUCAGGGAAAAUAGUUUGGCUACCAAGGAUGGUUUUAUCGGAUGCUGUGUAAAAUGCAGACUAAGUCAAGGUUAUAGAAUGAUUCAGUCUAAAUAAAGAAUAUCAAGUAAAAGGAGUAAUGGAAGGUGUUUUGUUUUAGGUAUACUAGCUGAUAUAUGAUGAGCAUGAUAGGUUGGAGGCAGGAUGGUAUAAAUACAAGAAGAGUGCAUAAGAAUCCAAGGCAGUACUAAAGAUACAAUGUGAGAAGGGUCUGAAGGGGGUUAAGGGUAGGCACUUAGGAAGUUAAUCUGUGGGCUUUUGCAAAGUAACAGGAACAGCUAGGACUUGGCUUCUUGAUUCAGAGAAGCUGGAGGAAAAGAGAAGAGACAGAAUUCUUU